GACCCCCCGGGCGGGCUGCCUAUGGCCCCCACAGACGUCGGCCGACCCCCGUCCCGAAGGCGAGAGGGCCCGGUGCGGGGCGACCGCCGGCAGCCCGGCAGGCCCCGGCGGGGUGUCAGCGGCGACCCCAGCGCCGGCCCCGUCGCGCCCCCGCCGGCACCUAUAGGGCCCAUACCCCACCCCCAGCCCCGGGCGGCGGAAGUGUGUGUAGGGGGCAGUAUAGGAAUUUCCUGUGACGUCCCGGCCCGGACUCCAUUAGGCUGCAGCUGGGCUGAGAGGAGACAAACCCAGCGGGCAGCGAGCGGAGCGGGCCGGGCGCCUGGGGCUGCCGGGCGGGGGCUCAGGGCAGCGGCGGCCGCCAUCGCCAGAGGGAGCCCCGAGCGGGCGGCGGCGCUGCCUCCGGGACCCCCGGGGGGCACAGGGCCCCGCUCCGCCUCCCUUCACCCCCGCCGCCCCCCACCUCCCCCUUCCUCGCCCCUCCGGCUUCCCACCACGGCCGCUCUCGGCGAGGAAACUCUGGCCUCCGCUUCCUCCUCCUCCGACUCGGACACCGGCGGAGCCUCCCCGCCCCCGCGGAAGAAAGCCCGGGCCUCCCCGGCGGCGGCGGUGGAGGGAGCAGGAGAGCCCGGGGCUUCCGCGGGCAGAGCAGGCCUCACCUCGUCCCACUCCCCCUCGCUCCCCGCCGGGCUCGCCCCCGCCGCCGCCCCGCUCAGAGGCAGCAGCAGCAGCGGCGUCGGCAGCGCCAUGCAGGCCAACGGGGCAGGAGGGGGCCAGCAGCAGCAGCAGCCGUCGCAGGGGCCGGCGGGCCCGGAGCUGGGCUGCCUGAGCGCCCAGAACGGCGAGGCCUCGGCGAGCACGGCCGCCGGCGACCAGCUGGCCCACGCCAAUGGGCUGCUGCCCUCGGCCAACAGCGGCGGCGGCAGCCCCGGCGGCCUCAGCGUCAACAACGGGGUGCCCGCCGCCGGGGGUCCCGGCCCGGCCGCGGCGGAGCUGGGGGGCGGCGGCGGUGGCAGCGCCCUGAAGAAGAAGAAGCGGCUCUCGCAGUCCGACGAGGACGUGAUCCGGCUGAUCGGGCAGCACCUCCACGGCCUGGGCCUCAACCAGACUGUUGAUCUUCUCAUGCAAGAGUCAGGAUGUCGUUUAGAACAUCCUUCUGCUACCAAAUUCCGCAAUCAUGUCAUGGAAGGAGAAUGGGAUAAGGCUGAGAACGACCUGAAUGAACUUAAGGCCUUAGUGCAUUCUCCGCAUGCAAUUGUGAGGAUGAAGUUUUUGCUGCUGCAGCAGAAGUACCUGGAAUACCUGGAGGAUGGCAAGGUCCUGGAGGCGCUUCAAGUUCUACGCUGUGAACUGACACCUCUGAAAUAUAAUACAGAACGCAUUCAUAUCCUCAGUGGGUAUCUGAUGUGUAGCCAUGCAGAAGAUUUGCGUGCAAAAGCAGAGUGGGAAGGGAAAGGAACAGCUUCCAGAUCUAAACUUUUGGACAAACUCCAGACGUACCUACCCCCAUCAGUGAUGCUUCCUCCAAGGCGUUUACAGAACCUGCUACGUCAGGCUGUGGAACUUCAACGGGACCGGUGCCUAUAUCAUAAUACCAAACUAGAUAGUAAUCUAGAUUCUGUGUCGCUGCUAAUAGAUCAUGUUUGUAGUAGGGGUCUGAGAUCAGUUUGUGGUGCGAUGUACAUGCUGCCAUGCUUGGGCAUAAUGAGGAAACAGUUCCCAUGCUAUACACAGCAGAUACUAACGGAGCACUGUAAUGAAGUGUGGUUCUGUAAAUUCUCCAAUGAUGGCACUAAACUGGCAACGGGAUCUAAGGACACAACUGUUAUUAUAUGGCAGGUUGAUCCAGAUACUCACCAGCUAAAACUACUUAAGACGUUAGAAGGUCAUGCAUAUGGCGUCUCUUAUAUUGCGUGGAGUCCAGAUGACAACUAUCUUGUUGCCUGUGGCCCAGAUGAUUGUUCUGAGCUUUGGCUCUGGAAUGUACAAACUGGGGAGCUGAGGACAAAGAUGAGCCAGUCUCAUGAAGACAGUUUAACAAGCGUGGCCUGGAAUCCCGAUGGGAAGCGUUUUGUAACGGGAGGUCAGCGUGGACAGUUCUAUCAGUGUGAUUUAGAUGGUAAUCUUCUUGACUCCUGGGAAGGGGUGAGAGUACAAUGCCUUUGGUGCUUGAGUGAUGGGAAAACUGUUCUAGCAUCGGACACACACCAGCGAAUUCGGGGUUAUAACUUUGAGGAUCUUACAGACAGGAACAUAGUACAAGAAGAUCACCCUAUUAUGUCGUUUACUAUUUCAAAAAAUGGCCGUUUAGCUUUGUUAAAUGUAGCAACUCAGGGAGUUCACUUAUGGGAUUUACAAGACAGAGUUUUAGUGAGAAAGUAUCAAGGUGUUACACAAGGAUUUUACACAAUUCACUCGUGUUUUGGAGGUCAUAAUGAAGACUUCAUUGCGAGUGGCAGCGAAGAUCACAAAGUAUAUAUUUGGCACAAGCGUAGCGAGCUGCCAAUUGCGGAGCUGACAGGGCACACACGUACUGUUAACUGUGUGAGCUGGAACCCGCAGAUUCCAUCCAUGAUGGCCAGCGCCUCUGAUGAUGGCACUGUUAGAAUAUGGGGACCAGCGCCUUUCGUAGACAACCAGGAUAUUGAAGAGGAAUGCAGUAGCAUGGAUAGUUGAUGGCGAAUUUGGAGCAGACGACUUCAGUUUAACUUAAUUAGUCGUAUUUUAAAUGGCUUGGGAUUUGGUGCAAACAAACAUGAUUGAUAGCUGGACAGACAUGCUCGUCAUGAAAAAGAACCAUUUCUGAAGCCCGGUUGGGGCCAAACAUUUACCACCUUGCUUCAUAGUAACCAGUCGAGAUGAAGCACGUCGUUAGAACGUUGUUGGACACCGUGUUGAAAUUACCCCCCCCAUCGGUUGUGAAGAACUGUGCUACAUUCAGGCUAACCAUUGAACUCAGUAUAUAUAUUUUUCCCCCCUGCCUUUUUGUCUGGCAGGCUACUGUUCUUGUUGCUCUUCUGUGUAAUGAAGUUUAAAUGCUUGUUUGGAACACUUUAUUUAACAGUUUAGAAGGCUUGAUAGAAAGAGUGCUUUAGUCUGAAGAGUAUACAUUGGAUAGGAAAGUAUUUCCUUCUCUUGUUUCUCAAGUCUCUCUCCGCCUUACUUAGCUUGAGAUCUUUGCAGCUUGGUUCAUGGAUUCUAGCCUUGCCCGUUGCGCAGUAUAUAUAAAUUGAGAUGAUAAACCAAUGAACUAUGUCAAAAGCACUCUCAGUAUCACAUUUGACAAAAAGUUUUGUACUUUUCACAUAGCUCGUUGCCCUGCAAAGGGGUUAACAGCACAAUUUUUUAAAAAUAAAUUAUUUAUAGGAUUAAAAUGACUUCAUUUGUAUACAUUUGGAAUUAAAACGAAUCAAGAAGUGUCGUGAAACACGGUAUCACUGAUGCUUUUCUGGAGUGUCUUGAGACUCAAUCAAAAGCAGUGGCUGGAAGGAGCUUUACGUAGGCAGUGAAGCUUGUUUUACAAGGAGAAACUUGCUGUCCAUCUUUACAGGUAUUUAGAAAAAAAGCAUUGAGUGCACCACCAGACUAAGAGUUUCAACACGACAAGGCCUUUUUAGUUUUUCUUUUUAAUUGCAUAAAUAUAUGCAGCAAUGCUGGUAAAAGGUAGACUACCCCUCGAGGAAAGAACGUGUUGAAUCCUUUCUUCACAAAGUCAACAUUUUGUAAAAGUAAUUGACAUACGGAUCAUAAUUAAACACUUGCAUUACAAUGAAAAUUUUUCUUUGUUUGUUAAACAAAGGUGUAUAGAUUUUCUUCUUGAGAAUAUACUUUUAUCUUUGCAGAUUUAAAUGCCUCUCCCAGACUUUGUUGCAAGCUGGUGCCGUGAACAUCGUGACACAUCUAGGAAUAGUUCCACUAACAUCCCAUGUUAAGAAAAGGGAAAGACUUAAAAUAUUUUUUCUUUUUGACAUAAAUGGCCUGGCAUCUCUGCGCUUCUGUACCACACACAAAUACAUUAUGGGAUGGCAUUGGAUUCCCUUUUGCCACCUUGGUAGAAAGGUAGUGUUGGUACUGCUGUGAAGUAAAGAGGGAGCAGGGAAAGACAUGCUGCUGAGAAUGACGUGAACGGAAGAGUGGACUUCAUCCUUUAAUGUGAUAAUAAUCUAGUGUCCUUAUUAGUCAUGUGUGGAAGAAGGAUGGGGGAAGGUUUGCUGGAGUUCCUGGGAAGAAAUGUGGAGCCACUUUGAAUGGGAAUGUGGUGCUUAACAUCAACAGUACCUUUUUUCUUCCCCAGAAAAACAAAGUGAAGCUUAGUAGGUUAGGUGGGGGCAGGGUUGUUUUGUGGUUUGUUUUUUUAAGGUUUCAGCCAUCAGGUGGUAGGCGCUUUUUUUCCUUGUGUGUAAAUUUAAAAAUUAUUCAAGAUUCUGAUUCUUUGAGACCAGCCCUGAAUUUGACAUACUCCUCUCUUAGUACCUCCAAAAUGAAAUAGGAACUUAAUGUUCUUAUUUUCAGUCAAGUACAUUUGUCUUAAAUUAAGGUGAAUUUGAGAGCAAUUUGUGUUCUGCAGUACUGGGAAUACGUGUGUAAACUUCAGACUACUUGGUUCCUUCUUGAAUUAGCAAGUUCUAGAGGAAGCUGUUUGUUUCUCUUCCUAGUUCAGACGGCAUAAGUUUAGUCGGUCUUGUUCCUGCGGCAUCAUUGUUUCAGGGAACAGACACCUUCCUGAGGGCAAAUUUAAGUAAGCUUAAACCUUUGAGGUUUAAAUAAAGUUGAAUACCUAAAUUGUAAACAGUGUUUUAUAUGUCCAAAACAUGGUAUAAUUCAUAAGCAAUGCUAGUAUAUGAAUCUUUAGAACUUACCCUAGUUAGUAUCAUCUUACUCUGGAACUUAUGUUUUCAAACAAAACGCUGUUUAGGGAGAGUAAAAAGAAUAAUCUUGGGUUUGAUUGAUAUCUCUUAACAAGGUAUUGUACCAUGGUCUGGCACUACUUGCUUACCUCAUACUCCCAGGACUAAAGUGGGAUUUUUAGGUAGGGGGUGAAGUCUGAAUCAAAUCUCGAGUUUAGAUGUCAAGUCUCAUAUACACUUCAACAGACUCCUCGCCUGGUACAAGCUGUGUGUGGGUAUGUGUGGGCUGAUGCCUACUGUCCACUGCAAUGCAUUAGCGCUAGAAAGUGAAACUUGGUACCUUUGCCAAAAUACUGCCCCUCCAUUCUGGGGUUUCUCCUCUGGACUUGGUUUGUACCUCUAGAACGCACUUUGGGUAUUUAGAAGCAGAGUGAGGGGAGAACCAGAGGUGGUUCUGCUACCUCCGCGUGAGUUUCCUGGUAUAACUAUGCAAUGUACAGGAAGGCUCAAUGUAGACGGCGCCGCUUCCAGAGCGGCUCAGGAGCAGCGUGUUGCGCAGCUGGCUGCUUCUCAUGGGAGGUGAAAGGUCAGAGUCAUCUGUAUUUCGCCACACUACUUUGCCCCACGGUGAACCAUUCUAGAUGUAGCGGUAAUGACUGCCAUUCCAACCUGUAGAUUAAAGAGGAACCUUAAACUAUUUCUAACAUGUUGCAUAUUUAUGAUAUGUGAAUUGAAAAGUACCAAUACUUUUUGUACACAGACUAUAAAAUGAGACCAUGGGGGGGGGGAAACCAAAUAUGUUUAUUUGCAACACGUUGAUUUCCAUGUGCUUAAAAAUGUUCAUAGGCUGGAGUCUAAGGCUGGAACAAGUACACACCUGCAAUAAAUUACUGUAUUUCUAAUCAACAGAUCUAUGGGUUUAUAAAGCAAAACAUUGUGUGUACUCCUUUUGUAACUUCCUCUGGUCAGCUGUUGGCUUAAAAUAUUCACAGGAGCCCCAGUUUAUUGUCAAGGCAGAUAUUUAAAGAAAUUAUGCUGAAGCAUUUUAUUAUCUGAAUGCUUUUUAGCUGUUCAGGUAAGUAAUAUUCAAGGCACAAUGGAGCACAAAAGGGAAAAUGCCAGAUCUGUCCUUGUUUGGGAGGGGAGGGGGAGCGGGGGGAAAGGACACCUUUGUUUUAAAUUCCCUCUGUCUUUUCUGAAGUUCUCCAACUUUGAAGUUAACUUCUUUUUAUGAUUAGAGCAAAGAUCCAAGCUAGAAAUCUAUCCCGAUCUUGCCAGUUACUUCUCAACUUGGCUUCCAACAGGUAAUGUGUAAUAAAACUCGAUACGUUGUUGGGAGUUUGUGUCUAGGUGUAUGUGUGCACGCUGCUCAGUGAUACUCCCACCCCAAAUCAGGUCUGAAGGCUUCUGUAGCAGGAAACAAGAACUCCUACAGUGAGCCACAGUUUGAGGGGAGAUGUUGUAGACCCAAAUGGGCAGGGAGGUAGAGAAAGAGGAAUGAUCACAAAAAGCAGGAUUUACUGACCAACAGACAAACUACUGUAACUCAAGGGGGAGGAGGAAAAAAAUGCACUUUCAAGAGUUUGUCCAUAUUUGUAGCUACGAAAUACACUUGUAUCUAAUUUUUUUUGAGACAACUAUUAAGAAGAAGACCCAAUCCCAUAAAUGGCUAAUGUUCCUUUUGACCUCCUCCUGUCUCUUCCACAUUGGCUUAAGUCCAUUUUCAGCUGCCAUACUUAAUUAUUUUUUUUAAACUGCUACUUUUAACUAUGUUUAGAAAGAAAAGAAAAAUCAUUAACUCUGACACUUUUUUUAAACAGGGUGGACUUAAUUGAAGUGUGCAGUGUUGAACUACUGCUGCAGUAGCUGCCUCUAGUUGUUGAAAUAAACUGUAGACAAGUUUUUUGUGUAUUAAUCCAGAUAAUCUGGAUUCAAUAAAACGUCUGUGAGAGUGUUUCCUCCCACCUGGUGUGAAUGUGUGUGUGCGUGUGGCCAUGAACAGACAGAGAACCAAAUGUUCUAGGUACUUGUCAUGUUUUAUUGCAUACUUAAGUCGUGUGUAUGUGAAGUGUCCUUUGACCGGAAGGUUUUGGUUAAUAUCAGUAUAUUUUUAUAAAUUUGAAAUUCAUUGUGCCCCAUCAUUUUUCUUAAAACAUUUUUCAUUGUUAGGGUAUAUGUGCUAGAUUUGAAUCUUUAACAUUUUUAGGCACAGAUGGAAAAAGUUAUUGGCUCCUUGAAAACUUACGGGACAAAAUGGAUCCUCAAAGCAUGUAUGUACUUACAAACCAAGCUGUAGAGAUCAAGAAAAAGAACUUUAUUGUUGAUCUCAAGAUUUCUAAAUUGUCAAGAUUUAUAUGGAGUUGUGGUGGAACUAGUUAACACUUAGAGCUUUUGGUAUGUAAUGACUAUUUGCUAUGGACUGAUAUUAAAUGUUUCAAAGGAUUGCGUUCUUAAACUUUCUGGAUUUUUGUUACUCUCCUCGGAUUAUAUCAAGUAGUUAAAAAUUUCUUUGCUAUGUUACAUUAAAAACAUAAGAACUUUG